CGCCUCCGUCCUCAUCGCUCACCGCCGCCGCCGCCGACGCAGGAAGACACCAGCUCACGCGCGUUUCCGAGAGGUUUGGAGUGAUGGCGACGGAGGAGGCUGCUGCGAUCGAGGUCCCGGCGACCGAGGUGGAGGCUCCGGCCGCCGCGGAGGCGGAGGCCAAGCCCACGAAGGCGAAGAAGCCGGCGAAGGAGAAGAAGCCGGCCGCCCCAAAGAAGACGGGCGCCCACCCGCCCUACGCCGAGAUGAUCUCGGAGGCGAUCGCGGCGCUGAAGGAGAGGACAGGGUCGAGCUCGGUCGCCAUCGGCAAGUACGUGGAGGGGAAGCACGGCGGGAAGCUGCCGACCAACUUCCGCAAGCUGCUCACCGUGCAGCUGAAGAAGCUCGCCGCCGCGGGGAAGCUGACCAGGGUGAAAAACUCCUACAAGCUCCCCGCCGCCCACCCCACCGCCACCGCCGCCGCCGCCGCCGCGAAGCCCAAGGACAAGACUAAACUAGCUGCCGCCGCGAAGCCCAAGGCGGCGAAGCCCGCCGCGAAGCCCAAGGCUUCCCCGAAGGCCAAGGCCAAGACCGCCGCCAAGCCCAAGGCGGCGUCGCCCAAGGCCAAGGCCAAGACAGCUGCGCCGAAGCCCAGGGGCCGCCCCCCGAAGGCUGCCAAGACCUCCGCCAAGGACUCGCCGGGCAAGAAGGCAGCGCCAGCGGCCAAGAAGAAGGCCGUGGCUGCGUCCAAGAAGAAGGACGCGGCCCCCAAGAAGGCGGCUGCCGUGCCGUCCCGGAAGGGCGCGGCGAGGAAGGCAAAGAAGUAGACUGCCGUCGUCGCCGCCAACCCUUCCCACCAUCCCCGCUCUUCCGCCUAUAGAUUCUCCCCCCUCUUUUUUCCUGGAUCCAUCGACAGCGUUCUCAGAUGAAGUCGUGCCUAGCUUGAGUAGGUUCGUCAGUAGCAUCAGCAGUAGCAGUCAUCUGUAAAGAACUUGAGAUGUGCCAUGUUGACCGCGCCUCCCAGAUCCCAAUCGCGCGUAUGAUGAACAAGUAUUUACCCUAAUCUUGUCGCCAA